CCAAGUAAAAGUACCUAAGCGAUUAAUUCACUGAGAAUUCAUUCUAUUUACAGUUUUUCGAGCCCCACAAACUGACAGUGGACAACAUGAACUGUUCGGCUUCUACCAGUAAUGGUGAAGAAGAUAAUCAUACAGACGCUAAAGCUGGACAUAAAAAUUUCAAAGCUUACAUCCGAGAAUAUUGUGAAAGUUCCAGUAUUCAGGGACUAUCAUAUUUCUCCAACAAAUUAUCUUUUCCUGAAGGAUGCUGGUGGACCAUCGCUUUUAUAUUGUGCCUAAGCGGCUGUUCUUUCAUGAUAAAAGAGAUCGUUGAUAAAUGGAACAAUUCGCCAGUUCUCUUCUCGCUGGCAACGAUGGAAACACCUAUUUAUAAAGUACCAUUUCCAGCUGUGACGAUUUGCCCAGAAACGAAAAUUUCAAGGCAGUGUGUCAACUAUUCAACAGUGCUCAGACUGAGAAAUAAUGGAACAUUGGAUAGAGUCCCGGAAGAAGAAAUGAAUUACUACGACCAUAUGGCACCACUGUGUAGAUUAGAAAAUCACGUGAAUUCUAGUAAGGAUCGUUCACUGGAAGACUUCACCUCAUUUUUGAAUGAAUGCAAAAGUGUCGAUCUUCGGCAAUCGUUCUGCGAAUACAUGGGAAGGAUUGUGAACUGCUCAAGAAUACUUUCACCUAUUAUAACGGAUGAUGGACUCUGUUAUUCCUUCAAUAUGUUAGACGUCCGAGAUAUUUACAGCGACAUCAAUCGAAUGGAAUAUUACCAAGGUCAUGGAAGGAGAACUGAAUGGAAUGUAGAAGACGGUUAUCCAAACAACGAAACUGGAAAUGCCUUCCCGUUCCGAACCUUCGAAACUGGAGCAACAAAAUCGUUAGUAGUUACCAUGUUAACUAAAAAAUCUGAAGUUUACGCCUCCUGUCAAGAUUUUACUCUGCAAGGUCUCAAGGUGUCAAUACAUACACCAUCCACGAUUCCACGCCCUAAUCAGGUCUCAUUUCCAGCAGGAUUCGAUGAAAUUGUAUCAGUUGCUGUGAAUAUAGAUAUGUAUACAACAACGGAAGAAGUAAAAACAUAUAAUCCUCGCAAAAGAAAUUGCUUUUUCGACAAUGAAAGAAAGCUCAGAUACUUUAAAUCUUACAGCCAGAGUAAUUGCGAUAUGGAGUGCUGGACGAACUAUACCAUACAAGAAUGUGGAUGUGUCCAUUUCUAUAUGCCUCGAGAUGAAAACACAACUAUUUGUAGCCUCUCGAAAAUACAAUGCUUGCAUGACGCAGAAGACUCCUAUGCUCUAUCCACAUUUCCUACCAAAAACCGAAUUGGCGAAAAGACGAGAGGAAAACUCAAUGGAAACUGUGAAUGCCUGCCAUCUUGUGCAGAUUUAAGCUAUCAGGCGGAAAUCUCUAAGGGAAAGUGGAACUGGCAGACCAGACAAGGAACGCAUUCUAAAUAUCUCAGUGAAUAUUUCGGAGAAUAUCAUGCAUCCGCUGUUAGAGUAUUCUUCAAAACAUCCCAAUUUCUCUCUACAGAAAAGAGUGCUUUAUAUGGAGUAACAUCCUUUUUAUCUAAUGCAGGAGGUAUUCUCGGACUGUUUUUGGGAUUUUCCCUGGUUUCACUGAUAGAAAUACUAUAUUUUCUCUCCAUUAAAUUGAUCGAAAAUAAGAGGAAAUAUGGUUACUUGUUGGGUAUUUCGGAAUGAUAUUCUUGAUCUAAUGGGUUCAUUCAUUUUGAAUUGAAAUUAUCUUUCAUUUUAUGUUAUCUUCGACAAAAAUAUUUUUGUAUUCGUAACAAUAAA